AUGUUUGCCACCGACUCCCCAGCCAAGAAACCGCCGUUCCCCAUCUACUCUACUACCUCUAUGCCACAUUCUGCUCUCUUCACCACAUUCUCCAGCGUGAACCUCGAAUCAUCAAGAGAAAACCAUCUCUCCGAAGAGCUAUCCAAUGACAGUUUCGCGGACUUCCCAGAACCGUCCUAUGAAUCCAAACUUCCAAUGAAGCGUACACUGAUGGAGGCUGCGCCUCUCAAGGAGCGAUCUAAUAAGAAACAAAAGCGUGACGACGCGCCAACUACUUAUCUACCUGAACCGCACGAUAUGCCACCGGUGGAAGAUGAUGGCACCAAGCCUCCGUACAGUUACGCUACGUUGAUCGGGAUGUCAAUUUUGCGCGCUAAUAACCGGCGCUUGACGCUAGCGCAAAUUUACAAGUGGAUCUCCGAUACCUUCUCAUACUACAAGAACAGCGACCCCGGUUGGCAAAACAGCAUCCGACAUAACCUCAGUCUUAACAAGGCAUUUAUCAAGCAAGAGCGACCUAAGGAUGAUCCUGGCAAGGGCAACUACUGGGCCAUCGAGCCCGGGAUGGAAGCGCAAUUCCUCAAAGACAAACAAGUGCGCCGCGCCACCAUGUCGAGUCUUCCUCUCCCCGCCGCUCCUCAGAGAGAUCUCAUGCAACAGUCGCAAACUGCAAGCACCACGACCUGGAUGGUACCGCCGCAGCAUGCUUAUCAUGCGCCACCUCACCAUGCAUCUGCCCCCAGGCCAGCCCCAAAUGACUUGUCUUCGGACGCCACGUUACCUGCGUCGGAUCCUGCUCUUCAAGAUGAUGCGGACGAAGUGAUUCCAGUUCCUGCACCACGCGCAGCGCCUCGUUCCUCGCCACCGCAGGCCAUUCGGUCAUCUCCUCCCAUCGCUCCUCCCCGAUUCGCCCGCCAGGGUACCCCUCCAACCCCCACUCACUCUGGCCCUACCCCUGCACCUCGCCCGCGCAAGCGAAAGUCGAUUACCAUGAAUGACAGCGGUUAUUUCUCGUCUUUGGAGUCAUCGGCUCUAAGACCUAACAAGGCUGGGCACAUUUUGACAUCUGAUCUAGAUAUCGAGCCUCCGCGCAUCAAGCGCGGCCGUGCUGAAGAAGAGAUCGCGCGCAUGCGCAGCUCUUCUCACGAUGUCAGCCCUGGCCAGCCUGCAGCUCGCAAAAACCCCAACCCACCUAUUGGUUCAUCGCCUCUCCGUAGCCAGUAUGUGAGCAUGCAGCCGCCUCCGUUAACGCCCAUCAUCAAGUUUAAGAAGCCGGUCAGACCACCACCAUCUGUGUCUCCAAACACCAACCUGCGAAAUCAUCGCCGAAAGAUACAGCAGAUGGUCAACUCACCCAUCAAGCAUUUGGGUCUUUCUGAAGAUGCUCUCCCUUGGAGUCCGGCUUUCAAUCUUCAGGACGAGUCAUACACCCCUCACGAUCAUUUCCACACCUCCUUUGAUGUUUUCGCGGAUCCUGGAUCAGCACAGUUAUCGUACGGAUCUCCGGAGAAACGCUCCAUCAAACGUCCCCGAAACGACAGUGGGAAUACCGUACUUUCGGACAUCACUUCGGUGAACAUCAAUAGCAGACUGGGCAUGCCCUCGAUGUCCCGCUCCAGGUCCUCAAUCUUCCCCGAGUCACCAUCUAAGCUCCCCGACACAACCCGAUUUGGAGAUGCUGGCCAGGAAGACUUCUUCUCGUUCCAUCUUUUCGAUGAGGGCAAUGACAGCCCAGGCGAAGUCGACGGAGUUGAUCUUCUGCAGGGUUUCCAAAAGAUCGGAGGCAUAAGCAAGGAUGACACCUUGAAGCCCAGGGCGCUUCAUCGACCACAAAUAGGCCACCGCCCCAAUGCGACCUUGUUUUGA